CGUUUACACGCACAGUAAGUACGUUCUGUUUUGAGACUACCGAGCGCUCUCCUUAGACCACACUGACAACAGCCACAAUGGCUCUCAUCUCCAUUGAGGACCUUGAGGAACUGGAUGAUGAACAGUUUGAUGAAGACAUCACAGACAACCCUGAGCCAAUGGAUGACGAGGAGCAGGAGAGGCUGUAUGCCCAUUGGCAGGCAGUCGCCAGCACCCAUCAGGUGUCCGUACCCAGAGAGAUGACUGGGCCAAUUCAGGAGAUGACCAGGAGGAAUCAAGAACGGGAACGUGUGCCCUUUGCCACCAUUUCCAGUCAUGAGAAGCUUGGGGAGAUAGUGUAUGAGGAGAGAGUGUACCCUCCAGGACACUGGGCCUGUAUCACUAAAGGAGAGAAGCUGUAUGAGCAGAGCAUUUCAAUGGGCUUCAUGAAACUCAUGCGCUUCAUUUGCAAAGAGAAUUCAGCUGGUCGUUAUUUAGGAAUGACUGUUCCUAUUCUGAAUGAACUUCAGAUGCUAGAAGAUAGGAGUGGCUUCAGAAAAGAGGUUCUGACAGCAUACUAUCUUCCUGCUGAAUUCCAGGCCAAUCCACCUCAGCCCUCAGACCCAGACAUAACCAUAAUACACAGAGGUUCCCUGAGAGUUAUCACCCGGGUGUUUUUUGGAACCACCACAGAGGAAACUAUCAUGCGGCAGAUUAAUCAGUUGUGGGAGUUACUAGGGGAGACAGAGGAUGUGCGUCGCGACACCUACACGGUGGCUGUUUACGAAAACCCCGGUGUACCCCAUCGCAGAAACGAGAUCUGGUUCAUACGCCAGGAUCCUUAAGAAUGACUCAGAACUUCUACCUUUUCUCUAACGCUCAGCCUUCUCCACUUUGGUACCUGAUUCACUGCAGUUCAUGUACUGUAGCUCAUCCUCAAAUGAAAAGAUGCAUAUUGUUUUGUUUUUUGUUUUUCCAUUGCAUAUGCUGUAUAAACAUAUAGCAUAUGUAGUCACACAAGACUGAUACAUAUAUAUUUGAGAAUAUAUAAAUAGUCUCUGAUAGUUUGAAGAACACUGACAGAAACUUGACGAAGCAGAUUCUUAACUGCAUGUAGGAUGCAUUUAAGCAAUGUGCAGAGUGAAACCAUUAUGCAGUUAAGAAGUAUGCUUUCCUCUUUGUCCUGUAAAUUACUGAAUUCAGUUUCUUCCGUAGUUUAAAAAAUGAGUCGUAUAUUUAUAUUUAAUGUAAAUUGUACUGAUUACGAAAAGUACAUUAAUUAUAACGUACUCUGUUUGACCACUAGGUGGACAAAUGUCUCUUAUAUUUUGGGAUUUUGUCAAUGUUUUCAAAUUUGAUAAUCUAGAGUGUAAGGAACCAACAAUCCAUUAUUUUAUGGGACCGUUCUAAUAUAGUCAUAAGCAUUAUUUGUUUGGUAAUGCGUUGGAUUAUUAGAUUCUAAAUGAAAUCACAUUAAUGAUUUAGAUGUUUCCCUAUAACACAUGAAGGGAUAUUCAUACACUUUUGUCACUGCCUUUUCAUUCAAAAGUCUGAGAAAUACAGUGUGCAUGAUGUACAUUAUUUUGAGUUUGGUGACCAAAAAACCCUUUGCUUAUUUUUUUUUUUUAUAUUGGUUUGUUUAUAUGGUCAAAAUUCAGACUGUCAUUUACAGAUUGCUUCCAUUGUACUAGAGUAGCAAAUUUAUUUCCUCGGAAAUUUCUGGAAUUGUUUUCUUAUGUGUAAAUUUUAAAUAAUGUCUACACAUUUUACAUUGUUUUUUUUUCCUUUCCAGUGGGGUGGUGCAUGUAACAUCAGCUGAAUGUUACUAAAAAUAUUUUCCUGAGAACUUCUAAAUUGUCAGUAUUUCAAUGCAAUAUUUUACAACAGUGGGACUCUACAUUUAUUUUACAACGUUGGG